AUGACAGUGACAGAUCUCCUGCCCUCAACAAUCACCGGGGCCCUCUUCGGAGCGGCGCUCACCGUCUCGGGCGUCUACCUGCCCACCACCAUCAUAUCGCAAAUGCAACUGCAGGACUUUCACAUGCUCAAGGUCUUUCUCACUGCCAGCUCCACCAGCGCCCUCGUCAUCUCCCUCUAUGAACGCCUCAUCCAACGCCCCCUCAGCCGCCGUCCCCCCUCAUCCAUCGGCUGGCUCGGGCCCUACGACGGCAACAUCAUCGGCGGCGCCAUGGUCGGCGCAGGCAUGACCCUGACCGGCGCCUGCCCCGGGACCGUCCUCGUGCAGGUCGGCACAGGCGUCUCGUCCGGCCGCUACGCCCUGCUCGGCGGCCUCCUAGGCGGCCUCCUAUACGCCAGCGUGGCCCGGGUUCUGGGCCGCCAACCCGGCGCAUCCUGCGCAGCGACAACCGGAAAAACCGACAACAGCCUCCCCGGAAAACUAGGCAUCAGCCCCGGCACCGCCACGCUGGCCUUCCAGACGAUGUGUGUCUCGCUCAUCGUGGCGGCCAAGUACCUCGCCCCCGGACACGCACACGCAGCCGUCGACCCGAUCGUCGGCGGAAUUCUCAUCGGUCUUGCGCAGCUGGCGAGUCUGCUCAUGACCAAGGCGCCUGUGGGCGUGUCGACGAGCUACGAGGAUAUCGGGCGGUGGGUGUGGGGUUCCAUCAACAGGGGCGCGAGUGUGGAGCCCGUGUCGUCGAGGGAACAGAAGCCUGCGCUGCCGCUGACCAAGUCCGUUUGCUUUGCGGGGGGGAUCCUCGCCGGUAGCUAUCUGAUCUCGCGGAUGGUGCCGGAGUUGGUGAGGGCGGAUGCGCUGCCGAUUGCGCCGUUGAGGGGGGUGUUGGGGGGGCUGGUUAUGGUGUUUGGCGCGCGGGUUGCCGGGGGCUGCACCAGUGGGCAUGGCAUCAGUGGGAUGAGUAUGCUGGGGACGAGCAGCAUUAUCACCGUGGCGUCGAUGUUUGCGGGAGGGAUUGGGCUGGCGUUUGGGAUGGCUGCUUGA